AUGACUAAGCACACUCAUCGCACUCCUGCGUCCAACGUGUAUGCAAAUCGAAACCAGUUUAAGCACCAACAACAACAACAACAACAACAACAACAACAACAACAACUGCAACAACAACUGCGGCAGCAGCAGCAAAAAUAUAUAGCAAAAUAUGGGUCGAGAUCUGAAAAUGCAGCUGAUCGAAUUUUUGCAUUAGGCGCAGCAGCAGCAGCAGCGGCAGCGGCAGCGGCGGCAACUGCCAUCCGGCCAGCAGCAACUGUGCCCAAGCUGCCUGGCUGCCUGCCUGAUUAUCUGCCUAGGAAGGCAUGCCAGCAACAACAACAACAACAACAGCAACAACAGCAACAGGGGCAACAACUGCAGCCGGCUGAGCGAAAAUCGAAUGCUAUCUAUAUCUAA